AUGAAGUUCAAGGCGUUUCUCACUGAAAACGGAGUGAAUCUCUUAGAGAAGAGGUUCCUUCCAGCAUUUGACAAAAUGGGCAAGACCUGUUACCUCUUCCUCACUAAAGACCACUUGUUCUUCCUCCACAACCUUCUCAACGGUGACGGAGUCCAAUGCAUUGCUCAGUUCCGCAUAGACGUCCUCUUUGAUGACUACCGUAUCUCCAGCCAGAACGAUGACCGUAUCGCCUUCUCCUUGGAUGUUUCUCUGCUCUACCGAGCUGUGAAGAGCAGUGUCAGCAUUUGCACUGAGUUCAGCGGCGGGUUGGCUUCUAAUAGAUUGCAGAUCAAGCUUGUGAAGAAGCUGCCUCCUAACUGUACACAACCAAUGCCUUUCCUCACGUUUGAGACUAAAGGGUAUAAAUCUGCAGUUAUUCAAGAUGUUCCCAUCUCUAAACCGCUGUCUCGGUCUCAAGUUGUUGAGCUUCAGACCGCUCUUGACUCGGCUCAAGACCUGCCUCCCACCCUUGUUCAGGUCCAGGACCCGAAUCAGUUACAGAACUUUGUGGAUCGUAUGAAACAUGUUGGUGAUGUUCUUAACGUUACGAUAAGCAAGCAUGGUGAUCUUCAGGUGCAGAUCUCCACGACUUUGAUUAGGCUUGGCUCGGAGUUCCAGAGGCUUACGGUUAUUGGAGAGAAGUCUCAGGCUCCUGCUGAGGAUAGGAACUUGAGCGCUCAGGCACGGUCAGAGAGAGCUAUUGCAAGAGGAGAUGCUCAGUCUGUGGAGGUGAGUGUCAAGCACUUUUUAAAGAGUCUUCAGUGUCACUUAACAAAACCAGAUUCAGCUUUCUAUGGGAUUGCUCCUCAAGGUGCUUGCUUGACUGUCAUCUUCCAGUUCCUGGUUCCAGGGACUCGCCAAACCGAUAAAUCAAUCAGUUUGCAUUGCCGCCUCCCUGUGUUGGAUUCAGGCUCCAACUAA